CAUCUCCCUGUGUCUCUUCCUCUCCUCCAGGGGAUGGCUACGUCGGCGCGCUCCAAAGGAGAGCACAAGCAGAGAGUCUUCCUCACCAUCUCCUUCGGAGGGAUCAAGAUUUACGACGAGAGAUCAGGGGUUCUGCUGCAUCACCACUCAGUGCAUGAGAUCUCCUAUAUCGCCAAGGAUACCCGGGACCACCGGGCCUUUGGCUACGUCUGUGGGAAGGAGGGACACCACAGGUUUGUGGCCAUCAAGUCUGGCCAGUCGGCGGAGCCACUGAUCAUUGACCUGCGUGACCUCUUCACGCUCAUCUACGACAUCAAGCAGCGAGAGGAGAUGGAGAAGAAGUCCCAGAAGGACAAGCAGUGUGAGCAGGCCAUCUACCAGACCAUUCUGGAGGAUGAGGUGGAUGAUCCAGUCUACCAGUACAUUGUGUUUGAGGCUGGACAUGAGCCCCUCCGUGGCCACCAAUCAGAGGAGAGCGUUUACCAGGUCCCUACCGCUACCAGUCACCAGAAGGGAGAAGGGAUCUAUGACGUCCCAAAACGCCAUUUUAUGACUAACAUCAACCACUUUGAUCUUGUUCGAGACAUGUCCACUCCCCCCUCGAUGCCCCCGUCCCCGGCCAACACUUUGGACCCCAGCAGGAGCCACCACCAGCACCAACACCAACACCCCCCAGAGUUGUUCACCGGCCCCUUCAGCCCCACCUCUGUCCCCUCAGGGUACAUGACCAUGGGGCCAGUCCAGGCAGCCCAGUGGGCCCAGCAGGGAUCCUUCUCUGGCCAGGCCCAGACCCUGGCCUUUGGGGUGCAGGGGCCCCUCCAGGUGACCCAGGUCCUCCCGGGAGGCCAGCCCGUCAUCUGGAGCCAGGCCAACAUCUUCCCUGCCACCCAGCAGCAGUGGGCUGCCAUGGCUGCCUACAUGCCCGCCCAGGCCGUGGGCGUGGGGGGUCACCACCUCCCCAUGAUGGUGCCCAUCACCACCGUGUGCCCUGGCCCCCAGGGCCUACACGGCGACCUCUCCUCCACCCCCUCCUCGGCCAUCACCAGCCCCCAGCACCAGGCGAUGGACCCCGCCCUGCUCCAGCAGCUGCAGCAGCAGCACAGUCUCAGUGGGGAUUCUGACGCGGGAGAAGGCCCCUCUUCGCUGGGCCUUGUCAUGUUGGGCAGCAGGUGUGGAACACCUGGGCCGAUGAGUCCCACUUCAAUGGGUCUGGGUGCUGUGGGCAGGUGUGAGACGCCUGUUAGCUUUGUCAUGAUGGCGAGGUGUGAGACGCCCGGCCCUGGUCCAGUGAACGUGCCUCCUGACACCCUGGUCUGUAGCCAGCUGUGCCUGGGGUCACCGGCUGUGAUGUCACCAUUGGCCUUGACCCAGGAAGAGGAAGGCAGCUGUAGUGACCUUGACCUCUCUCGGAUGACCUUGAGUCCUGGCACGUCCACCUCACCCUCCACUGACUCAGCGUCCACCCCAGCCUCCCAACCUGGACCGUCCUCAGACUCCGCCUCGUCCCAGACCAGUGACCCCCCCACAGACCACUCUCCCAUCCAAACACAGGCCACCCCCCCCAGCACCAGGGAGGAUGACUCGGGCUUAUGCACCAGGGCUCUGUCUCCCUGUCCAUCCGGUGAUGCUCCACCUGAUUCUCCGCAGGCCCAGAUCUGUCCACAGGAAGACAGUUAGAGAACACCGGGCUCUUGUAGAAGGAACCUCUGUGACCGUCAGGAGGAUAGAAGAAGAUGAGAGGAGAGGAGGACAGUGGACUGAGAGAUGGAGGAGAGGAGACUCUGGACUCCUAUGUCCCUCCUAAUAACUUGAUUACACGGAUCUCUGUUCUGGAGAAUGCUGAUAUUGGCAGCCUAAAGCAGCAAUAUCAUAGGUGGACAGCACAACACUCUCCUCACAAGCUGUCUUUCCCCCCCAGACAAUCGGAAGCCAUUUCUCCCAUGAAGUGACCUAUGAUCUUUGACCAAACUGUAGCAGUGGGUCGUUACCACGACAACUUCCUGCCACAGGUCAGUGGGCAGAGACACCUUAUAUAUCAUGUGACCUGGGAGGACCAAUCAAACUGCAUGGUCAGGACGAGGAUUCUAAUGGUUUCUAAGGAUGAAAUCAUUUUUGGGGUGUUUUUGAGGAGGAAUGGUGUCCUAUGGGGUUAUACCCUUCGUUUGGAGAACUGCCACCCGCCUCAGAGUACUCACUGUGUAGAACAGAUGGAUUUGCAAAAUGUUUUCAAACAGCUGACUUGUUCCAUUGGCAUGAACAGACUAUGUAUUGUGGAUCCAGUGAAACACAGCAGAGACUGCGAGACAACUGUUCUCCAUAGCUUCAUAGCUUCCUUUUCAAUGCUAAAAGAUAAAAAUAUUAUUUUUAUUUUCUAAGCUGCGACUUCUGAGUUGACGCUUCUGAGCAUUUUAUGGAUAACGAAAACAGCUUCGAGGCAUCAGUCGAAAGAAUUCCUGUUUGCCAAACUUCUAUUUUGUAAAUAAGAUUUCCUCAAGACCCCUUACACCGGAAACUCUGUGCCAAAAGAUAGGUCUGUCGUCUGCCUCUCUGAUGCAACCUACCUAUGGCUCUCUCAACUUUAAAGCAAUGUCAUACCAGCCCCUCUGUCUGUAUUGUCUGGAUGUUUGCUUUGCUUUCUUGCCAAUCAAUUUUACUUUUUUACUUUCUGUUUCUGUGUUGGGUUUGGUCAGUCAGUCUGUGACAUAUGAACUGUGAAUCUGUGUUACACAGCCAUUGAAUCAAAGAUUCACGUAUGACGUAACUCACUCUUUUGAAAAGGUCCUCACACACAAAAUAAAAUAAAAGAUCCACAGGCCAAUAAAGUCCCUGUCACUUUUACCUGGGGGGCAUAACCUUGCUUUUAACUGUUUUAGACUACUGAACAGGUGUACUACCCAUCCUUCAAUGUUUGCUUUCAAUCUCUAUGUUGAACUACUCAACUGCUACCAGACCUGGGUUAAAAUACUAUUUAAACCUUCCAAAUACUUUUCAGCAUUUGCUUUAGCCUGCCUCGAGUGCCAUGUUGGCGGGGUUUGCACUUUAGGGACUUUUCUAUUGGUUCCAUAGCAACGGGCAAGCUCAAUCACACACCGCUAAAGUAUUUGAAGUUAUUUGAAAUAGUAUUUGAACCCAGGUCUGCUACACAUGGGUGGUUUCUAGGAAACAAACCAAUAAGCUAGUUGUGACGGCCCAGCCAGCAGUAGACUCCAGAGUGCAUUACUAUGCCUUAUUAUUAUCGGUUGUGUUGCGUUGUCCCGCCACUGUUAUAUCGUCAUGUCAUUGUAUUUCAGUAACAUGGUUGAUUCAUGCAACUAAAGGUUUGGGGCAUAUUGUAGGCCUGUCUGCUUCACGGAGUUACAAAUGGCAAAACUUUAAAAGAUUAUGAAAGAAUAGAGAUAUUAUUGCUUUUACUUCUAGACUAUGAUGAUAAUAUCUGUAACCCUGCUCGUAUAAGAAAAUGCUAAAUUAAAUGGUCCAACGAUAUUUUGUAAAUUUUAUUUAGGAAUUCCAACAGUCAUGAAAAGAGAAAAGGACUUUUGUACGUAUAUUUCUUCCCAUUCACUGUACUACUAAUCCCCACUGUUCAGUCACAAAUAAAAUAUCAUGUGAUUCCCA